AUGCUCCUUCUUGCAAGUGACAAAAAGAGGGAUACAAACACAUCCGUCCUAGUAUUCAAACAGGCCUUUUUUGGGGAAAGAAGCGGCGUUUCAGUCCUGACAACCUUUGUUCUACAAAACUCGCAAGGUGAGGACGCCUACCCCAGCCCCAUCCUCUUUGUCAACAGCGCGGGUGUGGAGGCCGGGAAGGCGCAAGACGAGCAAAGGGGGAAGAAAAAGCAUGAUGCCUGUCUGCCCAAAGAAAAGGAACUCUCUGCAGGAAACGUAUCAAAACAGCCCCACACACCAUAUCAUCGCGUCGCCCAUACGAUCGAUCCAACCUGCCAACGUUCCUCCCUUACGUGCGACAGCCGCAACAACCCCAUGUUCGUAGUCCGCAUUCGAGACAUCCCCACCCCAGUUCAUACACAAGUCCACAUAUACACCACCACGAUUGAUAUUGAAACGUGCCGGCAAAUAAAGAGUAGCAUACGUGUAUUUGACCGUGCACCCAAAUGGGCGAAGAUCGACUUUCCUUUACUACUUUGA